AUGAGGAUGUAUCCUGGUCAAGUCCCUGAUCUCGAGCUUCUCUUCUUGUGUAAUGACUUCCCUGGAAUAUGGAGAAGAGACUAUAGGCCAAGACCAGGAGUCAAAGUGACGUGGCCACCUCCUCCGGUCUUCCAUUACUGUGGCCAUGCCGGUGCUUUCGACAUUGUCUUCCCCGAUUGGAGCUUCUGGGGAUGGCCGGAGAUUAACAUAAAGGAGUGGAACAAACUAUCGGAGGCGAUAAGUGAAGGGAUAAAGAAGGUGAAGUGGGAAGAGAGAGAGCCUUACGCAUAUUGGAAAGGUAAUCCUGGAGUUGCCAAGAUCAGAAAAGACCUCAUGAAAUGUGAUGAUCCCAUGCUUCGUCUCUAUCGCCAGGAUUGGAGGAGAGAGGGCAGGAUUGGGUAUAGGACUUCAAAUCUAGAAGAUCAAUGCACCCACAGAUACAAGAUCUAUAUAGAAGGAAGGACUUGGUCGGUGAGCGAGAAGUAUAUAUUAGCUUGUGACAGUAUGACUCUUCUUGUAAAGCCAUUUUACUUUGACUUCUUCACUAGAAGCUUAGUUCCGAUGGAACAUUAUUGGCCCAUUAGACCUCGUGAAAAAUGUAGUGACAUCAUCUUCGCCGUCCAUUGGGGCAACAACAAUACCAAAAAGGCAAAAACUAUAGGAAGAAAUGGAAGUGAGUAUGUACUUAAGAAUCUACAAAUGAAGUAUGUGUAUGAUUACAUGUUGCAUCUAUUACAAAGCUAUGGGAAGUUGCUGAGGAUGAAUGUAGAAGUGCCUGAUGGAGCCAAAGAAGUGUGUCCCGAGACAAUGGCGUGUCCUAUCGAGGGAGGUCGAGUGAGACAAUAUAUGGAAGACUCAUUAAUUACGUCUUCGAGCGUUAAGGGUGCUUGUGAGAUGCCUCCACCUUUUGAAGAAAACGAGCUCAAGACGUUUCUUGAGAAGAAAGAAAGUGUUGAGAAAGAAGUUGAAAAGUGGACUAAUGAGUACUGGGAGGAACAGCAGAAAAUUCCUAAACACUGA